UUGAACCAGCGGCCUGCCAUCUGACUUGCUUAUUCUUGGAUUUGCUGACCUCUGCAACCCUGUGAGCCGGCAGCCCACUGUCUGACUUGAUUUGCCAGCUUCCUCAGCCUUGUGAGCCAGCAUCCUGUGGUCUGACCUGCCGGUUUUCGUUCAUCAGCCCCUGCAGCCAUGUGGGUUGGGAGAAGCCUAUGCUUGACCCAUGGAUUUGGGACCUGCCAGCUUCCACAACCAUGCGAGCCAGUUACUUGAUACGCUGUGUAAAUGAGUAUGGAAGAUUAUGAUUUCCUGUUCAAAAUUGUUUUAAUUGGCAACGCUGGUGUGGGGAAGACGUGUCUAGUCCGACGAUUCACUCAGGGUCUUUUUCCCCCAGGUCAAGGAGCCACAAUUGGAGUUGAUUUUAUGAUUAAGACAGUGGAGAUUAAUGGUGAAAAAGUAAAGCUACAGAUCUGGGACACAGCAGGUCAAGAGAGAUUUCGGUCCAUUACCCAGAGUUAUUACCGAAGCGCCAAUGCCUUGAUCCUCACCUAUGACAUAACCUGUGAGGAGUCCUUCCGUUGCCUUCCUGAGUGGCUGCGGGAAAUAGAACAAUAUGCCAGCAACAAGGUCAUCACUGUGCUAGUGGGCAACAAGAUCGAUCUGGCUGAAAGGAGAGAGGUCUCUCAGCAGAGAGCUGAAGAAUUCUCAGAAGCUCAGGACAUGUAUUAUCUGGAGACCUCAGCCAAGGAAUCUGACAAUGUGGAGAAACUCUUCCUUGACUUGGCAUGCCGACUCAUCAGUGAAGCCAGGCAGAACACACUUGUGAACAAUGUAUCUUCGCCCUUACCUGGAGAAGGGAAAAGCAUCAGCUAUUUGACUUGUUGUAAUUUCAACUAAAGGCUCAGGCAAGGAGACAAAAAAGGAAUCAGCAGCUGCCCUGAUGGGCCACCAAUGGCUGGGGAGAUCUGGCGAUGACUGUGGCUCCUGCUCGCGGACCUUCUGACUCCUGUGGGCUCCUGAGCUUACAAAGCAUGGCAGGCCAAGGGCCUUGUCCACAGGCCAGCGUUAGCAGAACAUAAAAUGGUUUCACCCUUUUGCAGUCUGGAGUUGGAGCAAAGCAAAAAUUGCACGAGGCGCUCCAUGAUCUGCAGAGCAUGUUGCUUUUAUUUUUUUAAAAAGCAAGUAAAAGCGCAUUCCUGAACACAGUCCAGGGGGAAAUGUACUGUAGAAAUCCCUCCUGCACACCAGUGAGUGCAUGUGGGGGCUGUUCUUUAGGGCUUCAGUGGUAAUCUCCUGGGGGCCCCGGUUUUCUCGUCUACCAGAUAAACCAAAACUGGGAAGGCCAAGUACUUUCUCUGUGGUGCGUGUUGAUGACCGCAUGGAGAUUUUAAAAAGUGUUAUUUCUCUUGUCCACAGGCACUUUCAAGAACUUUGGGAUGUAAAAAUGAAAUGAAACCUUUACCCAUGACCAAUAGUAACAAUCAUUGUUAAUAUAUACAAGCUCCAUGACUCCUUUUGGUGCUAAUGGUUCCGCUGUUUCACAGACCAAACGUUUUAGUACAUUGAUGUCCUUAAAUGUAUUAUGUAGAAAUGAAAAAAAAAAAAAAAUGGGGAAGUCCAUAAAUCA